UCCAGCUGGUACGGCUAAAAGAGGUAGGUGGGGAAGAGAUGGACAUUUAGAAAAUUAUGGAUAACGUAAAACUGUUGAAAUACAAGAAUGCGGCAUCGUGUCAUGUCAUUACAGAAAUGAAACAACUAUGUGUUGGUAGUGAUUCUAGUGAAUUAACGUCGUCCAUACAGGCCACCUAAGCAUUGCGUCUUGUCGUGACUGGAGAAGCUCUGUAGCAGUGAGUUGAGGUCUGACCAGCCAGCCAGUCACCAGCCAGUCAACCAGUCAGCCAGCCAGCCAGCCAACCAACAGCCAGUCAGUCACCAUGGGGAACAUCUUUGGCAACCUGCUGAAGAGCCUGUUAGGGAAGAAGGAGAUGAGGAUCCUGAUGGUGGGGCUGGACGCUGCAGGGAAGACCACCAUCCUAUACAAACUGAAGCUGGGAGAGGUAGUCACCACCAUCCCCACUAUCGGGUUUAACGUGGAGACGGUUGAGUAUAAGAACAUCAGUUUCACGGUGUGGGACGUGGGUGGCCAGGACAAGAUCAGGCCUCUGUGGAGACACUACUUCCAGAACACACAGGGUCUGAUCUUCGUGGUGGACAGUAAUGAUCGUGAGCGGGUGAAUGAGGCUCGAGAGGAGCUGAUGAGGAUGCUGGCUGAGGACGAGCUACGAGACGCCGUGCUUCUUAUCUUCGCUAACAAACAGUGCUUUCCUUACGCCUAUCCUACUCUCUCAUGUGCUUUUCUCCACUCCUAUCCUUCCAUCUCUACCUCACGUUCGGCAUCUAGGACCUGCCCAAUGCCAUGAACGCAGCAGAGAUCACAGACAAGCUGGGGCUCCACUCCCUCCGUCACCGCAACUGGUACAUCCAGGCCACCUGCGCCACCAGCGGAGACGGUCUAUACGAGGGCCUCGACUGGCUGGCCAAUCAGCUGAAGAACAAGAAGUGAGUGGACCAAUCAGAGGAGAGUGAGGAGAAACCUUAUUGUCAGCUCUUGAAACAGGAAGUGGUAGUUGGUUUUAGUUGAUCCAUUAAGUGAAAAAUCCUGACAUGGUGGGAGUGAAAUGUGAUUGGUAUGUAGGAAAGGGACUUAGAGAGAAUAUCCCUAUUGCUUGAGGAACCAUAUCCCCAUUCCUUGAGGACAUUUUCAGCCUGUUGUCAACUAUUACAAAUGGUUAGCACUGUCCAGCUGCGGGCCAUCAAUGUCAAUACAUUAACCUUAAUAAUAACCUUAAAAAAGUAUUUAGCGACACCAUUUAUUUAUUAAUUUAAUUAUUAUUUAUUUCAGAAUGGACAAUGGCAAUGUUAGUUUGGUUUGGAACACAGUAUUAUGCAUGGCCAUACAGUAAAAGAUCUCUUGGAAAUGAAGUUUGAAAUGAUAUCUGUCUAAUGUUAUAUAUUUAGCCAGUCUUCUGACAGUAUUCUCUUUUUACACUAAAAUUGCUACUGCUGGUUGGAGCAAUGCAGUAGUGGUAGAUAUUAAUGGAGAGUGACAUAGGUUUGUGUAAAACACGUCCAAUAUGCAAAAGCAUGCUUUUUUCUAUGUCAACUGUAUAUUUACACGUUUUGCCUAACAAGUACAAACAUACAGUAUCAACAUUCUGGACACACCUACUCAUUCAAGGGUUUUUCUUUAUUUUUACUAUUUUCUACAUUUUUGAUUAAUAGUUUAGACAUCAAAAUGAUGAAAGAACACAUCAUGUAGUAAGCAAAAAAAGUGUUAAACAUAUUUUAUAUUCUUCAAAGUAGCCACCCUUUGCUUUGAUGACAGCUUUGCACUCUCUUGGCAUUCAUUCU